AUGAGACUCCCUUCCCAGAAUGCCACCUGGAUUUAUUCCUAUGCUGAUCAUUCUGGACAAGAGACCUCCCAAUCAUUUUCUUUUAAUCUUUUGGUAAUUAGUCACCCAAAGUAUCUCCCCAAAAUCAUUUUGGGGGUAUGUAUUAUAAAUAUAAUUGGAGCAUUGUUGAAGAUCAGGUUCAAAGAUUCACAGUUUCCCCUCCCAAUAAUCCUGUUUUUAAUAGGAUGUACUUUUGAAAUCCUAAGUUUUUCAUCUUUUAAGGUGCAAACAUAUACAGAGAUGAUACAAUGGAUGGAUCCUGUCAUAUUUGUUAAUUUGUUUACUCCAGUAAUUAUAUUUUCAGUUUCAUUUUAUACAGAUUUUUAUAUGCUUCAAAAACUCUUUUGGCAGAUAUUCAUUCUUACAGUCCCUGGCUUUCUCCUGAAUUAUGCCUUAGUUGACUGGUAUCUAACGUCUAUGAAUAAGUUAGUUUUGGAAAACACUUCACGGGUAUUAUUUGCAAUUAUCCUUGUUUGUACAGAUCCCAUGCUGACUACAAGUGCUAUAAGGAAUCUUGGUCUUUCAAAGGGCCUCACACACUUAAUUAAAGGACAAUGCAUGUUGAUGGCUGCUUUGGCUGAAAAUAGCUUCAAGAUCACUUUGCGUAUUGCUGACAAUUAUUAUAAGGACAUUUCUACAACAUUAAGUGUUGAUAUUAUGAAUGAAAUAAUGAAAACAUUUCUGGGAAGUAUUCUUUUUGGAUUUGUAAGCUACAAAAUUUUCCACUUUGGACUUGGGAAUAUAUUUAGUGAUGAUAUCAGUGAAGGAAUGCUUAGUUUUUCAUUAGUAUACAUCAACUUUUAUGUAGCUGAAUGGAGUGGAAUGUCUGGGAUUAUUUCCUUGUCUGUGUCAGCUCUUCUUUUAAAUUCUACAAGCUUUAAACCAGGAGUUGAGCUGUUCCUUUUCAAAUUCUGGAAAAGUGCCAGAUUUUUUGCUUCUCUGCUGAUAUUUACCACCGUUGGAAUGUUGAUACCUGCACAUGCCUACUUACAUGUAACACUUUCAGAUAUAUAUUAUGCACUGCACCUCUACUUCACACUGCUUGUCAUCAGAAUUCUGGUCUUUCUGAUACUGAGCCCCAUUUUAUCUCAUUUUGGCUAUGGAUUUACCUGGCGCUGGGCAUUUACAAUUGUCUGGAGUGAAAUGAGGGGUCUACUUAACAUAAACAUGGCUCUUAUAUUUUCUUACUCUGACAAUGAUAUUGGAUCAGAAAGGGAAAAAUCUCAGAUAUUAUUUCAUGGAGUGACAAUAUGUUUAAUUACUUUGUUGAUCAAUUCAAUCACAUUACCAAGAGCAGUCAUCCAAUUAGGUAUCCGUGAUAUUACGUUAACGAAACGCAAGUCACUCUAUUACACAGUUCAACAUUUUCAAGAAAUGACAAAGGCUGCAGCCUCUGCUUUAAGAUUUGACAGAAAUCUUGCCAAUGCAGAUUGGAACAUGGUUGACAAAAAAAUCACAUUUCUAAAUCCAUAUAAGUUGACACCAGAAGAAACAGACCAACAGAAGUUCAAAUGUCCAUGCUGUAACAAUGAAGUGGGAGACACCAACAUUAAUCCUGAAAUCAUGGAACUGGCAAGAGUGCGCCUCUUAUCAGCACAAAUAGCGAGCUAUGAGAGGCAAUACAAAAAUGAGAUUUUGUCCCAAAGUGCAGUCAAACUCUUGGUAGGCGCUGCAGGGAGCUUUGGCGAUAAAAAGGGAGAAUUCAUGAGUUUUCAAACAAUACAGGCUUAUGCUGAAAAAAAGAAAAUUUUUAAUAUCUUCAGGAAAAUAUUACUAAAUUGGAUUUAUAACUCUAAAAAAGAAAAAGGAGUACCACCAAAAAUUCCAAUUCUUUUAUUUUGUCAUAAGAUAGUGUUUAGUGAUGAAUUUGUAUACUCUGGGCAUCUUGUAAUCAUGUUGAAUAUGGCUCCUAUCACAAUUUCUUGGAUACCACAACUAAAUGUGAUCUAUGACAGGGAAGUCAAAACCAUAAACCAUACAUUCCUUUUCUUUUACGUACUGGAGGCCAUAUUUAAGAUAACAGCAAUGAGGAGGAGAUUUUUCCUACAUAGCUGGAACAUAUUUGAGUUAACAAUAACAUUGAUUGGCAUCAUUGAAGAAAUAUUGAUUGAUACAGAAAAUGCUGUGACUUCUAACCCGUCGAAUAAUACUAUGGUCUUUCUAAAAGUUGUCAAGUUACUUCGUGUACUUCGCAUCUUAAAGCUCAUAACACCAAUGUUGCUCCACCUAAUAAAUAGGAGAAUGAGCCAUCAAUUGUCCUUCAGAUAUGCUAUUUUAAAAGGCUAUGUCCAAGGUGAAGGAGAUAUAGCAUGUGUAAUCGACCAGAUUGCUGGUGGUAAAUCAGUUUCUAAGGUAUUACGUAACCGUGUGUCCAAGAAUGCAGAAAAUGCUAUGAAAGCGCUAGGCUAUUUAGAAUAUGAUCAUCCAGAGAUUGCCAUCACUAUGAAAACCAAGGAAGAAAUUAACAAUUUGCUCAGUAUGGCUUUAGAGAUUCUUAGGAGCUUAGAGUCAAAAGGAAUAAUUAAUAAAGCUGAAGUUACUGAAAUACACAAGAUGAUUAUAGCCAGAAAAAAAGAUGUGUUCGAUUUUGAACCUGUUAUCAGACUUCCUUCUCUUGAUGAAAUGUUAUACCAUAUUACAUGGCUAAAUAAAUCAAAAGUCCACAUAGAUUAUAUUAAGAAAAAAAUCAAAAUCUUGACCUUUGAUUGUGGAAAUAAUAUAUUUGAAGAAGGUGAUGAUCUGACAGGAAUAUAUCUGAUCAUCUCUGGCAUGAUAAAGCGACAAAGUUCCAAACCUUAUUUUGGAAUGAACCAAAUGAUCUUGGGGACAGACGAAAAAAGUCACAUGAUUUAUGCAGACUACCUCAUCAGUGGGGCGAUCCUAGGAGAAUUGAACUGCGUAACAGAUGAUCCUGUGAAAUAUACUGCCACCUGUAAAACUGUAGUAGAGACCUGUUUCAUCCCUAAAUAUCAUUUGUAUGAUGCAUUUAAAGAGUGCUGUCCAUCCAUAGAAUAUAAAAUAUGGCUCAAGUUGGCACUUGGUGUUGGUGCUCGAAAAGUCAAGGAAAUUUUGGCUUAUGAGGAUUGGACAUACAACCUGCAAUUACAACUCUGUAAUGUGUAUGUGAGAGAUGUACCAAAAGAUUCCAAAGCUGACAUUUAUGAUGAAACUGCAAACUAUGUUAUUCUUAUAUAUGGAAGUGCAGAAGAUUGUCAGCUACAGAAAAUGUAUUUUGCACCCACACUAAUUCCUAAAACGUGUCAUCAGAUACAAGGUACUUCAAAAAUAACAAAAAUACUAGUGAUUCAGACAUCAGUUGAUCUAAAGAAAUGCAGGACCAACACUAAACGAUAUGUCCCUGUAUGCAAACACGUGGCAAAACGUAAAGGUAAAGCAGGUCAUGGGAAAGCUCCAACAGAUUCCAUUUCUGAAAGGAACCUACCUUCAGACACCACUGUGGAUUUUCAGAAACACAUGAAAAACUAUCCUACUGACAUCAGGGUGAACUUGGAGGCACUUGACGAUUUAUGA